AUGUUGCAAGUGCCAAACAAGCCUCCCCACACCUGGCCCGUAUGCCUGGUGUCACCAUCUGGGGACACAAAGCCUCAAGGUGGAGAAGCGUCCUUGCUCCUCUGCUGUGCAAGCAGAAGAGCAAGCCGCCAGCGCGGGGAAGGAAGCACGGAGAGAGCUGGGGGUGGCACAGCACGCACGACACACCUGCCCAGGCAGAGGACCGACCACCUCGCCAUGGCUCCGGGUGCCUUGAAGAAGAUGCGGGGCAGCAUGGAGGUGGCCCUGACCAGCCUCUGCGCCGUCAUGCUCUGCUGCGGCCCCGUGCUGGCUGGCUGCCGCCGUGUGACCUUCUUCCCAGCUGUGUUAACUCUCCCUGCAGGCGACUCAGCCACUUUCUUCUGCAAUAUCUCUACGGACAACGACUCUGGCUCAGAGUACAGCCUCAACUGGUACAAAGAGACCAACCACAGCCAAGCCCAAAAAAUUGCUGAGAUCAGCCGGAACAACCUCCAGACGAAGACGGAGAAGUACUUGCUCACCAACCACACUCCUGCCUUCAAGAUCGAGAUCCUGAACCUUCACCAGAACGACUCGGGCUCCUACUACUGCGGGCUGAUCACCUUCUUUGAACCCAAUAAAGUGAUGGAGAGCAACCGGUCCCAGCUGGUGGUCACAGCAGCCCCUGAGAAGACAAAUGCCACUGACGAGCCCAAGAUGGAGGAAGGCAAUCCCCCAGACCACAUCAAGGCUGUGCUUGUGGGCACCCUGCUGCUGGCCGGGGCAGUUGUGCUGCUGAUCUUUGGCUACCUCACUGUCACGUACAGGAGAGGAGAUAUGCAGAAACCACCAAGUGAAAACGCGCCAGCGAAGGACAAGAAGCCCCCCAUGGUGUCUGUGUCCAUCGUGGACUACGGCGUGCUGGAGUUUCAGUGGGACCAGCGCACCCCAGUGCCCCCCGAGACCCGUCCAGUCGACCAGACCGAAUAUGCCACCAUCGUCUUCCCAGAGGAGAAACCCACCACACCGGAGCGGGGGAAGAAACACCAGGACGAGAGGACUUGGCAGCUGCAGCCACAGCCCUGCUGA